AUGCGCCGUAAAGUUGCCGCUCUGUCACUUGAACAUGAGAAUAUUGUUGGUGGUGAGAUAGCAUCAAUCACCGAUUAUCCUUAUCAUGUCUACGUUAGCGUUGCAAACUCUGUUUGUAACGGUGCCAUUCUUGACAAAUAUCACAUCAUAUCUGCAGCUCACUGCGUCAUGGAUAAUCAAGGCCAAGUUCAAAGUCAGAUCAAAGUUUCAGCUGGGAUCAAGAGUAUCUACGAAAUAUCUGCGUCAAGAUUUGAUGCUUAUGUUGAUACAGUAUAUUUACACCAGGACUUUAAUCCUGUAGAAGAAAAAUUAAUAUUUUCAGGAGAUAUUGCCGUACUUAAGCUUGAUAAAAUUAUGUUACUGGAUGAUCUGCACAUGGCAAAGGUUGAAUUACCACCACUUCUUAUCGGCCACAAUCCAGAAUUUCAUAUUGGUACAGAGCCCGUUCUCACUGGCUUUGGUUACAAUGCAGUAACAAUUGAUAGGUCGCAUGACAAUAAGAUUAGUGUGACUGGCAACUCAUUUGGGGAAUUACAAUUUGCAAAAACUCGUGUUUUAUCACUUAAAGAAUGUUCGAGGACGCGGCCUCAUGGAGGUGUUAACUUAUUAAGAGAACUAUGCUCUCAAAUGGAACAGCCUAAAGAAACUGAAGGAACGAUGCCCAGAGGUGCUUGUCUCGGUGACAGCGGCGGUCCUCUUGUAUUAAAAAGCAACGAAAAAAAUCUUCUCAUAGGAAUAUUGUCACGUGGCCCCAAGGAGUGCAAUGAACAGCUGAGGCCCUCAGUAUACACAAGAACUUCGUAUUACAGAGAUUUCAUCGAAUGUGUCAUGCACAAUAGUUCAUUUCCAGAAACUGAAUGUAACAGCGUCUCAUGGAAAAUAAAACUACAAACCAAAUUUGAGCCCAACCGGAUGUAA